ACGACGCUCCUCCUCCUUCCCCAUCCCGAUCACUCCGUAUAUAUACACCGCAGAACCCUCUCCGACUCCACCCAAUUCCCCCACUAGCUAGCCACUACUAGCAGCUAGGAGCGCGCCGCCGGUCUCCACCCCGGCGGCCAAGAACCAAACCCAACAGGAGUCAGGCGAGUCCUAGGUAGCCAAGAAAGCUGGGGAACAGCCUGCUUCCUGGGAGGAGGAGGAGGAGGAGGAGAAAAGGGGAUCUGGACCCGACGCUCCGAUGGCGGUGACGGGCACCUCCGUGGCCGCGGCGGCCACGAUGCUGGCGGCGGCGGCGGCCAUCUUCAUCACCUUCGUCAUCUGCUUCUACCUCUUCCUCUGCGCCAAGCGGUACCGCGGCGCCGCCCCCACCAUCGGCGGCGGAGGAGGCGAGCGCCAGGACCUGGGCCGGCCCCGCUUCGUGUUCGCGGGCGCGGGGUGCCACGGCGGCGGCGGCGGCAUGGGCGAGGCGGCCAUCGCGGCGCUGCCGAGGAAGGAGGUGGGCGCCGGGGACACCCCCGCGGACUGCGCCGUGUGCAUCGCCGAGGUGGGCCCCGGGGAGGCGGCGCGCGUGCUGCCCCGGUGCGGCCACGCGUUCCACGUCGAGUGCGUCGACAUGUGGCUCCGGUCCCACUCCACCUGCCCGCUGUGCCGCUGCGCGGUCGCCGACGAGGAGGACGCCAAGCCCGUGCCGCCGCGGGCGGCGCCCGAGGCCGACCCGGAGUCGCCCAACUUCCCCACCAACGUACUCUUCUUCGGCUCCCAGGACGCCGUCAGCACCCGCGGCGCCGCCGCCGCCGCGCCGGCGCCGGCGGCACCGCCACCGGUGACGCUGACGCAGGCGCCCCAGACGGCGGUCCCGGGGCCCAUCGCCGGAGUCGCGGCGGUCGUGGAGGCGGCCAGAGUAGCCGCCCUACGGCGGCUGCUGGGCUGCGGCGGCGGCGCCACGCCCGCUCCGUCGCCGGCUCACCAGCAGCAGCAGCAGCAGCAGAAUCAAGACGUCGACUUGGAGUCCGGGCUCGGCGGCGGGGAGACCAGCGGGUCGCCGCCGGCGAAGCCGCAGUAGAAGGCUCCUCGAAUCUUGGUUCUUCCGUUCCUCCUCUCCUUCUCCUUCUCCUUCUCCUCUCGUCGUUGAGCCAUUUGAUUUGAGGCAACACGGACAGGGAAAGGGAAGGGAAGGAAGCAAAGUGUACAGUGAUCUGUUGAUCUGUAAUCAACAGCCACAUACUACUGCUAGUAGAGAACUUGUUAGUGAUGAUCUAUAAACAACAAGUUUGAUGGAUCAUACAUUUCGGUGUGGAUUGCGCAUGUCUCUCCAUGGCCCGGUGAUGAAGCGAGUGAAAUGGCAAAUGUGUUGCCUUGGCCCUGGCACAUUUCGCUGUCGGAACUGUCCAAGUGCCGCACUGUGUUUCCACAUGCGAUGCGAUCGCCCUGCCCACUGCCCUGCGGCUACGGAUGGGCAGAUUCGACGAAAGCUGUUGCUGCUGUUAAUGACGAGACAAAUAUCUGAGUGGCAAAUGGCAAUGUAAUGUAAUCCAACAAAAGCACCCAUGUGUUGUGCAGUUACCAGCUGCCGCUGUCCUCUCAGUUUCCUGAUUGUAGAGUGCAGACGCCGGUGCCGCUCUAUCUCUAGAACUGUCCAGUUCAGAAGCUUCUGUUCUAACCAUCUGGCGCUACAGCAAAGCAAGACUCCCUUGUAAAAUCCGAUGCCAAAGCCGCGGAAGAUUUUACGAGAAAAUCACAGCAGAUAAGGUUAAACGAAUAGUCUUGACCAUAUAAGGCUUUGUUUAGAUGUUGUCGAAUUCACUUCAAUUCAUGUGUGUUGCAGUGUUGGUGUGGAUUGAGGUGGAAUUUAGUUUCAAAUUGCACGAAUUCGACUACAUCCAAACAAGACCUAAAUUGAAAAAGUUCCCACGUCAGUGGUAAGCAUGA